AUGAAGAUUUUUUCGUUCCUGGGGACCCUGCUGUGUGCGUCGUCGGCAUUGGCCGGCGUUAGUACUCUGGCAGGCACUAGCCCCAACAACCAGGGCAUCAUCACACGGCAGACGCCGAACCGCCGGACUGUUCGCGUGGUGCGGCGGGAUGCAUCCCUCCCGGUCAUGCACGAGCGCAUUAUCGGCGGCACCAAGGCGCCGGCGGGCAAAUACACGUUUGCAGUGCGGCUGACGAUUAUCCGAGGCACCGAGACGUUCCUGUGCGGCGGCACGCUGAUCGCAGCAGACACAGUAGUGACGGCAGCGCACUGCAUGGUGGACGAGGACACCAACACGAUAGCCGAGCCGGAGCAGGUGUACAAGCAGGACCGACCGGUCAGCAUUACAGUGCAUCCAAAGUACAACCCGAAGCUGGUGACAAACGACAUUGCGAUUAUCCAGAUAAAGCCGGUGGACGCUGAGCUCGACGGUGACGGACGAUUCCGGUGUACACCGGGCGAUAUCCCGGUCGACAUGACGAUGACGACGAUGGGCUGGGGGAAGACGUCGAACAACGCGACGUCGCUGGCGAAGACCCUGAUGGCGGUGGACGUGAAGGUGGGCCAGCCGCGGACGUGCGCGCAGGCCAACCCGACGUACAAGUCGGCCAGCGGGCCCGAGGUGUGCACGGUGAACGCACUGACGCCCGGCAAGGACUCGUGCCAGGGCGACUCGGGCUCGCCGUCGGUGAUUGAGAAGGGCGGGCAGCUGUACUUUGUUGCGCUGACCAGCGUGGGCACGGACCUGGCCAACUCGGGCUCGUCGGACUGCGCGCUGUCGGACGGCCUGGCGUUCUACACGCAUGUGAACUACUUCAUGUCGUUUAUCACCUCGGUGACUGGCGCCAGCGCGUCGACCUACACCAACGGCAACAGCACAAAGGACCUGUCCGGAUGCAUGCUGGCAAUGCUUGUGUCGGUGCUGAUCCUGUAG